AUGAAUGUAGGACACAAUUUGCAUAUGAACCUUGGCAAGCUGUACAAUAUGCAGCCCUUGUUAUUUUUCCAGAAAAUACUGCGUGUUGUAGCUGCGUGGUUUGGACUAAAACGUGGAAAAGUCGCAAUGUCCAUUGAAAAAGAUGAAAUAGAUGACGAAGAAGUGCGACUUAAAGCCUACCGUUGGUGUCGUGAUUCACUUCAUAGUUCAUGGGCCAGCAUUGAUGAAGAUGAUAUUAUUGUGAAACGCUUGAGUGGGGGUCUCACAAACUACCUGUACUUGUGUUAUCUUCCGUCAGACGUUGAAAUAAAACCUGUGGAGCCCCGCUGUGUCCUGCUGCGAGUGUACGGUCAUGUGGCGAAAACCAGCAAGGAGUUCGUAGUGCACAACUCGGUCGUGUUCGCCAUUUUGUCAGAAAAGGGACUUGGACCAAAACUCUAUGGAAUUUACCACGAUGGACGAAUUGAAGAAUACAUUCCGACGAAGUCACUGAGAAGGAUGGAUUUGCAGAGUCCUAAAGUAUCACAACUUAUUGCUCAAAAGCUGGCACAGUUCCAUGGCCUCGAUAUGCCACUGUGUAAAGAGCCACGCUGGCUUUAUCAUAUCAUAAAUGGCUGGGUCCACGAAAUACAGAAUAACUUUGCAGAAAACCUUCAAAAAUGCCCAGAAGUGAUGAAACUGAUGUCAAUGAAUUUAGAAGAAGAGUUAGACUGUAUGAUGAAAAUAUUAUCACAGAUAGAAUCACCUGUUGUGUUUUGUCAUAAUGAUCUGCAAGAAGGCAAUAUUCUUUAUAUUGAGGAAAAUCCAGACAAAACAAAACAGAUGACCGUGAUUGACUGGGAAUACUGCAGUUAUAACUACAGAGGUUUUGAUUUUGGCAACCAUUUUUUGGAAUGGUGCUAUGAUUAUGCAGAUAACCCAGAUCCACCAUAUUACAGUUUUCAUCCUGAAGAUUAUCCAUCAAGAAAACGUCAGUACGAGUUUUUCCGAGAGUACCUGGCUGUGAUGGGACAGACGGCCAUCACGGAUGAAGAUCUUCACAACAUGUACGUGGAGGCGAACACGUUUGCCUUGGCCUCACACUUCCUGUGGGGCGUGUGGUCGCUCGUCCAGUCACAGACCUGUGCCAUCAAGUUUGGAUUUAUGGAAUAUGCAGUUUGCAGAUUUGAAGGCUAUUUUAAAAUGAAAGAACAGCUUCUGUAUCUUGGGUCGCAAGAUGAAAUAAGCUCCGAUUAUUCAGUGGAACUUUCUUGAAUUCAUGGCUGAUCAGAAUGGGCUUCUGCAUAUAACAGAGGUUUUUAAUAGUCAGGAAAAUGUUUCUGAUAGACUACUGCACAACAAAUAUAGAUCAACACAUAUUACAUUUACAGUGGAUGCACUUUUUAAGCCAGGAAUCUAUGUGUACGUAGUUCGUAAUGAGUAGUGUGUGGUGCGUAAACAACAGUUUAUAUAGAAAUCAAUUGAAGCACGUUCAUAUGUACGUGUUGCUUAAUGUGCAAUAUGUUAAUUCCUGAACUCCUCUGUGAUCGUUCCAAUACGCAUCACGCACUAUGCAUUAUGGAUCAUGUACACAUGGAUUCCUAGUUUUAAUGUAUAUAUUUAUUAUAUGAUAAUUUGUAUUACAUUUACCUAUGUGUUCCUUCACUACAAAAUGCCUUGUUUUUGUAUUGAUGUUCCCAUGCAUUUAUAUAAUACAGCCAGGAAUGUGAUAUGUAAUUAAAAAAAAAAAAAAAAAAACGAUCCUUAAAAAGUUGAAGACUUUACACUAUACACAAAUAAAGGUCCUCAGUCUAAUUUGUGAAAAUUAUUAUUGGAAAAAAAUAAUGUUUUUGUGUUCUGUAUACAUGAAUUUAUUUACCGAGUAUCUAGUUUUAUAAUGGUAAUUUGGUGUAUGCUCAACAGUAUUUGCUUUGAUCCAGUUUCCUAAGAAGCUAUAAGUUUUAGCUUAACUCAGUUAGAAAUGUACAUAUGUGAUAGCUGAUGGCAUUUUAAGUUCCAUAACCGGGGAAAAUUGCAAUAUGGUAUAAAUUGUUUAAACAGAGUUGAUGUUGAAACUUACAAUUCACUAUCAUCCAUCAUAAUGAAUGCUUUCCAAAGAUAAAAUGUUUAUUGUAUUUGUUUCUUAUUACUUGCUUGUUGUAUUCCUUUUCUUAUCAUGUAAAUGUUGAUAUCAUUAUUAUGUCAUCAUUAUUAUAAAUAAAUGAAUAAUUAAUUGUGUUACAUGAACUAUACAGGGCACUCUGUCCAAACGAGCACAGGUGUUUUCUUUUCUACUCAACCUGACUAUUCCCCUAGAGAUAUUAGUCUGGUCCGAACAUCCCAACAGCCAAGGGAUGACUUGAAUCUUCCAAUGAGUCCCCUGCUUCCUGUUCCAGUCACGUGACUAACACUUCCUUUGUUUUUCCUUCAUUGGCUUGGGUUUUUUUUUUUUGCUCCUUUCAAAUGUAAGCCAUCAUGUUUUUUCUGUUGGUUUAAUUGAGAGAGUUUUUUAUGUGUACUACCUUCUUAAACAUUAUGUCUAACUUAAUACGGCUUUAUUUGGUUAAAUUCAUUUGAUAAAAAGUGUUAUUUUCUAAGUUUUAAAUUGUUACUUGUGCCGGUGGUCUGCUGCCAUUUUCCUAAUCCAGAUUUCUAUGUAUAACCGGUAUGAUCUCAAAGUCCUUUUCCCAGUACUAGCAUAUCUUAAAUAAUAAUCCAUUUUGGCAAAUUACAUAUUAGCCAGUAUGCCUAACUCAUUGGUUUUUGUGAUAUAAUAUAACCAUUUUGUACUAAAAUAUAAAGUGUCAGUAGAUAGUUAAAAAAACAAUGGUUUUUUUUUAAUAUGGCAAAGAAAAGAAAGAAAAAAAUCAGUUGUAAGAUGUCAAUGGUGUAGCAUGUUUUUUAAUUUUCUUAUUUAAAUAAGUUUAGAUGAAACAAAAUGACAGUUUCAUUACCAGCCAACAUGUAACGAACCCUACUGUAGCAGAAUUCACAGGGUAAUUUUUAUUAAAGUGCAAACAACUCACUGAUUUUUUCAUUUAUCAUUGGUCUUGACAUCCAGUAGUUGAUAAUUAAUAAAUCAGUGUGCUCUAGUGGUGUCGUUAAACAAAACAAACUUUCAAACAAAUCAUUGGUCAGAUUUUAGUAAAAUAUUGUUUAGAAGUUACUCUUAGAUUUCUGGGCUCACCCUGCCCAUUGCCAAAUUGGCCAAUUGCUAACUUUUAUGUGAAGUGGCUAUAACAUUCAGUAUAUGGCUAAUAAAAAGUUGUUUAAAUUAGCCAGUUUUUAAAGGGACAGACCCUAGUUUUAACCCGUACAAAAUGGACACUAAGUUUAGUUAAUCUACAAACCUGUAACUCAUUUGAAUAAAGUUACAAUAUAGUGAAAGAAGAGCGUGUGAUGUUGAAACCGGCAAAUAUUUAAAAAUAGACGAACUCAAAUCAAUAAUCGCUACUUCUCGGACGCACAUGUACUUUUAAACAUAUGAAAAAUGCAUUUUUUGGUAUUGGAAACACUGGGAUGACCAGAAACACUUUGGUUGUACAGAAAUGGAUAAUCAAAAGAAUAAAAUAUAAGUAAUGUUUGAUUUCAUUGAUCAUAAAUGGCUCUAAUAGUGAAAAAUAUUUGGUAGUGUUUAAAAACUAGAGUCUUUCCCAUUAAUAUGUUUCAAACAAAUACCCUACAUAUCUAAACAUUGGCUAAAACAAAAUUUCUUUCCAGUGUAACCCCUGGAUGUUUUGCUCUCAAGUUUGUCUAUGCACAAUCCCUCACCCUAUCUCUGUCAUAAUGAAUACCAUAAUAAUGUUUGUGUGCUGCAAUAUUCACAUAUUUGUAUGUGUCGUUUUUGUUUAUUGUUUUUUGUGUCGUUUUUUUUGUGAGGUGGUGGUGGAGAGGAUUCAGUUUAUAAAUACAAAUCCAAUGUACUAACUGUAGGUGACUAUUGUUUGUUCACAUUAUUAUUCAUUACCGGUACCUUAUAGUCACGGUUUGAUCUGGACCAAAAACAUGUUGCUAGCAAUUUGGUGAAAUUUUUUAAAAACAUGUAGCCAAAUUUAGUGUGUUGUAGCCAAAAGGAUGAUGACAAAAUACAGUCUCAUUAAAUAGGUUGUUCUCAUUAUGACCUUUUUGGUGAAUUUAUUAUGAAAAUAUGUUCAUCAAAUUAAACUUAACCAGUAAUAGGUCUUUUAUUUAUUAAUUGUUAUUUUUUAAUUUACACUGUGGGUGCAAUACAAACUCAUAAUAAUUACAAACUGAACAGGUUUUCUUUAAUUGUGAAGGAAGGACAUAUUUUAUUUAACGACACGCUCAACAUAUUUUAUUUAUGGUUAUAUGGCAUCAGACAUAUGGUUGAGGACCACACAGAUAUUGAGAGAGGAAACCCGCUGUUGCCAC